AUGGAUUACCGCGCCAGGUGCCUCGUGUUUUUCGUACUUUGCCUGAUAUUGCCGGAGCAUGAGGCGGACGACGAGCACCGUGCGACGACGCUCUCCAGGAAACGCCGCUACGUCGUUUUCCCGGAAGGCUCUACGUUCUCCAUCGCGCUCUGCAUGACCGUGCACACGCUCACGCCCGACGACAUCUUCACGGAGGGCCUCAACUGGGGCAUCUCCUACGACCUGCCCAACGAGAGCAAGCCCGCCCUGGAGCCCUUCCUGGAGCUGAGAAAUGAUAAAAUCCAAAGCGGUGACAGACACGAUCGUCACCGUCCCGCCGUGGCCGCUAAUAACCACGGCGUCGUGAAAUAUUCAGGAUGGAACGACGACAAGUACCGCUUCGCGCCCGGCAGGAAAAAGUAUCGCAAGUCCGAGUAUUAUUACUUGCAGCGGAGACACCGGCGGGAGCUUUACAGCAAGCUAGAGGUCAUCAUGAACGCAAUGGGUUUUGACGGCAGGACAUGCAUCCUCCGAGCACUUUGUGAAGCGUCUCAGCGAUUAAUGCCGAAAGGAAACACUUUGGUGGAGGAGAUGAUGAGGAUAUCAUUCUCGCUGCCCCUGAAGAGAGUGUUCUCGUUCGAGCCGGAGGAGCAUCACACGUACACUCAGGCCCAUAAAGCCGGCCACGAGGGCAAGAACUGCGCCGUCGUGUUUCCCGGGUGCAGCUUCUCCCUCAUCGACAUGGCCCUCGGGAAAUAUAACGCGCCUCCGCCAGCCCCCGAGCAGCCCGAGGAUCCUGCGGACUACGGCGGAACUUUCGGCGCGGGGAAUGAGCCCACCGCGGAUUGGCCGAGGUACAACAUGAAGUAGCGCGAUGCAUGUAAACGACAACCUGAUUUUCGGGGGGUGAACGCCAACGCGCCCCCUUGACCUCGCGGCCCCACCGCCGCCCGCACUCAUCGGCGCUCCUGACGUCGUAGUCGUCGUCUCCGAGAUGCGCCGCGUCGCAAUGCUGUUCUGCCGUGUGAAAUCAAUCCUGCGAAUUCCGUUGGACCGCGACCGCAAGGACCUGUGGAGAGUUCGGGGAUA